UUAAUUUACUCUAUCAGUCUCUGAGUUUUAUUUGGUCUAUUUAGACCAUUUACAUUUACUUUUAUUAUUGAUAUGUUAGGGCUUAAGUUUGCCAUUUUUCUUUUUGUUUUCUCUGGUUUUCUUUUUUCUGCAUUCUUGUGGGUUGCUUCAACAUAUUUUAGAAUUCCAUUUUGAUUUAUUUAUAGUGUUUUUGAGUGUCUCUUUGUGUAGCUUCUUUAGUAAUUGUUCUAGGUAUUAAAAAUAUACGUAUAGGACUUCCAUUCGUGUGUGAGGCAAGCGGAGCCGGAGUCGAAAACCAGAGGCCGAACUCGGGAUCUGACAAUAUGGCCGGGCUGCCCCACAGGAUUAUCAAGGAAACCCAGCGUUUGCUGGCAGAACCAGUUCCUGGCAUUAAAGCAGAACCAGAUGAGAGCAACGCCCGUUAUUUUCAUGUGGUCAUUGCUGGUCCCCAGGAUUCCCCCUUUGAGGGAGGGACUUUUAAGCUUGAACUAUUCCUACCAGAAGAAUACCCGAUGGCAGCCCCUAAAGUACGUUUCAUGACCAAAAUUUAUCAUCCUAAUGUAGACAAGUUGGGAAGAAUAUGUUUAGAUAUUUUGAAAGAUAAGUGGUCCCCAGCACUGCAGAUCCACACAGUUCUGCUAUCAAUUCAGGCUUUGUUAAGUGCUCCCAAUCCAGAUGAUCCAUUAGCAAAUGAUGUAGCGGAGCAGUGGAAGACCAACGAAGCCCAAGCCAUAGAAACAGCUAGAGCAUGGACUAGACUAUAUGCCAUGAAUAAUAUUUAAAAUCAGUCUGAUCAUCAAGUGUGCAUCACUUCUCCUGUUCUGCCAAGACUUCUUCCUUUUUUGUUUGCAUUUAAUAGACACAGUCUUAGAAACAUUACAGAA